GAUUAACUUUAUCAUGAUGGUCAGUCAGGUCUAUGUAAGGAUAAGGUUACUGUUAGCCAGCUUCCUUUUUCUCUCUGUUUAUGGACAAACCUCAGGACCAUAUUUCAUGGUGACAUUUCCUGCAGUGAUCAAGUCUGGCUCUGAUGCAAAGUUCUGCGUGAGUCUUCUGAAGCCCAAUGAGACUCUGCACAUGAACAUUUAUCUGGUUCACAACAACCAGAACAGACUACUUUUACAAGAGACAGUGGAAAAGGAGAUUCACCACUGCUCUCAUUUUGAGGCUCCACAGGUUGUGGAUGAAUCAGUGCAGGAGAUCAAAGUAGAAGUCAAAGGUGAAAGUUUUAAGAUGACAAAGAAAAGUAAAGUGAUGUUUAAAUCCUACAACACUUUGGUUUUUAUUCAGACUGAUAAACCCAUCUACAGUCCAGGCCAAACAGUGAAUUUCAGAAUUGUCACUAUGGAUUUUAAUUUAAUCCCACUUGAACAAAAGUACAGGACAGUGAGUCUUCAGGAUAAUCACCAGAACAGGAUUGGUCAGUGGAUGAAUGUGUCCUCGACAGGUCUGAUAUUGCAGCUUUCUCAUGAGCUAAAUGCUGAGGCUCCAGAGGGAUAUUAUAAGUUAACUGCUGAUGCUGGAAAUAGGUUGGUCACACACCAAUUCAAGGUGGAAAAGUAUGUUUUACCCAAGUUCGAGGUUACAGUGAAAGCACCAGCACAACACAGUGUCGAUGAGGAGGAACUGGAGCUAGAAGUUUGUGGAAAGUACACGUAUGGACAACCAGUAACUGGUCAAGCAGUGGUGCAGGUGUGCCGGAAAUUUUUGCAGAGCUAUGAUGAGGCCCCAAUGAUUUCACCCUGUCUGAGUGAAACGGUGGAGAUGGGUCAGACUGGCUGUGCAUUUGUUAUUGUCAGUGUGUCAAGUUUCAUGAACACUGAAGUUGAACAUAAUUUUAAGAAUCAUAUUGAUGCUACUAUUACACUCACAGAGGAAGGAACAGAUAUUGCCAUGGUGAAAUCCAAAACAAUAGACCUUUCUUUCCAAAUUGGUAAAGUGGAAAUUCUCGAGCCACCAACAAACUUUGAACAGGGAAAAGUUAUAGAAGGAAAGUAUCUUGACAGGAAUUCUUCUUUCCCUGAUCAACAGAUUAAACUUACUACUUUCAGUGGAACACCAAUUCCUAACAAGAAGGUGUAUCUUUCAGAAGGUGAAUGGUGGUCUCAGAAGUUACUACUUAAUCUUACUACCGAUAGCAAUGGAUUGGCAAACUUCUCAGUUGCUUCACCAGAACAUCCUACAACAGUGAUAAUAUUGAGGGCAAGUGUCUAUCCAGAGGAAAAACACCAUGCAUACAAAACACCAUUCUUUUCAAAUGCUGAAGCACGUAUACAUCUGCUCCAACCUGCCACACCUUACAGUCCAGUGUUCAGUGAAUUGUUAAUAGAGAGCUCAGAGGAACCAUUUAAGUGUGGUGCUGAAAUUCCCAUAACCAUUAACUACUAUAUUGUUGGAGAAACUACUGAAAAUUACAGCACUGAUCUUAUAUACACGGUCUUAUCUAAAGGAGCCAUAGUCCAUCAUGGACAUGAGGAAGUUGAAGUGGAAGCCUCUACAGAUAUCAGAAAAGGAAAAAUCUCAUUCAAACUAUCUGUUGUUCCUGAGUUGGCUCCUGUAGUGCAGGUUGUGGUGUACUCUGUCCUGCCCAGUGAGAACAUCAUCGCUGCUAACAAGAAUUUUGAUGUGGAAAAAUGUUUUGGAAAUAAGGUUUCGCUACAGUUCUCUCCCUCUAAAGCAGUUCCUGGUGAGAAGAACACUCUUGAGCUCUCGGCUCAUCCUGGUUCACUGUGUGGCCUCAGUGCUGUGGAUCAGAGUGUGUUCAUCUUGGAGUCUGGAGAGCGCCUAAAUACUGACAAGAUAUUUAAUUUGUUGCCUGUGACAUCAGUAUCAAAUUAUCCCUACAUGGUUGAAGAUCAUCUGGAGUGUGUGCAUAUCAGGGAUGUACGGGAUGUACGGAUUGACCAUGUUUACAAUACAUUAAAGGGUGUGGGACUGAAGAUGGCAACAAAUUUGGCUGUUAGACAUCCUAACUGUUUGACGUACAAAGGUGUGGAGUAUCACCGUCAUGAUUAUGUGCAUAACAGUUUGGAUUACAGCAAUAUUGACUCAACAGAUUUUUACUAUGAUGAGUACAAAUACUCAGGAUCAUUAAAUUAUGAACCCAUCAAAACAGUUCGCAAAUUCUUCCCAGAAACUUGGAUUUGGCAACUUGUUGAAGUGGGGGACUCUGGAUCAGCACAGCUUCCUGUCACUGUUCCUGACACCAUCACUACUUGGGAGACAGGGGCUUUCUGUGUGUCCUCUAGGGGUCUGGGACUGGCUCCUCCUGUUCAGCUCACUGUAUUUCAGCCCUUCUUCCUGGAGCUCUCGUUGCCCUACUCUAUUAUCCGGGGAGAAGUUUUUGAGCUGAAGGCCACGGUCUUCAAUUAUGUUUCCAAAUGUAUUAUGGUUAAAGUGACGCCAGCUCCUUCCUCAGACUACACUCUGGAACCCUCUUCUGAUGGCGAGUAUUCAUCCUGCCUGUGUGCAAAUGGCAGAAAAACCUUCAAAUGGACUCUGAUUCCCACGGUGCUUGGAGUCGUGAAUGUGACAGUGAGUGCAGAGGCAGAACAAUCCCAGACGGUGUGUGAUAAUGAGAUUGUGAGUGUUCCAGAGAGAGGCCGUAUUGACACAGUUACACGGAGUUUGAUUGUGCAGGCUGAAGGAACUGAAAAGACAAAGAGCCAAAGCUGGUUAUUAUGCCCACAAGGCAACAGUGUUUCAGAGGAGCUGGAGCUGACUCUGCCUGAGGAUUUUAUAGAGGGAUCAGCACGAGCUUCUGUUUCAGUACUUGGAGAUAUACUUGGCCGUGCAUUAAAAAAUCUGGAUGGACUGCUAAGGAUGCCAUAUGGCUGUGGAGAACAAAACAUUGCUCUCCUCGCCCCCAAUAUCUACAUUCUUCAGUAUCUAGAGAACACUGAGCAGCUCACCACAGCUAUCCGUGAGAGGGCUACUGGUUUCCUUAAGAGUGGAUACCAGAGGCAGCUAAACUAUAAGCAUUUUAAUGGUGCAUAUAGCACAUUUGGCAGGGGAGAUGGGAACACAUGGUUAACUGCUUUUGUCUUAAGAACCUUUGGCAAAGCACAACGUUACAUCUUUAUUGAUCCAGAAAUCAUUAACAGUGCAAAGCAAUGGCUAAGAAGUAAGCAGAGAUCAGAUGGCUGUUUUAUACAACAGGGAAGUCUGUUUAAUAACAGGAUGAAGGGUGGUGUAAACGAUGAUGUGACCAUUACUGCCUACAUCACUGCGUCAUUCCUUGAAUUGGGCAUUACAGUCAAGGAUACUGCUGUGAAAAAAGGACUGUUGUGCCUAAAAUCUUCUAUUGGUAACCUGACAAACACCUAUGCCACUGCUCUGUUGGCCUACACUUUCAGUCUGGCUGGAGAAAAUGAAACACGAGAGCAGCUACUAAAAGAGUUGGAUAAUGUUGCCAUUACAGGAGAUGGUCAGCUUCACUGGUCUCAGUCAGCAUCAGAUGACUCCGGCUCAUUGUCAGUGGAAAUCAGUUCUUACGUGCUGCUAGCUGUUCUCACUGCAGGUCAACUCACUACAGCUGAUUUGGGAUAUGCUAAUAGGAUUGUCAGCUGGCUAGUGAAGCAGCAAAAUCCCUAUGGAGGCUUUUCCUCCACACAGGACACAGUUGUGGCCCUCCAAGCUCUGGCUCUGUACUCCACUAAAGUGUUCUCCUCAGACGGCUCAAGCACAGUAACUGUAAAGUCAGAAGAUGGACACAGUCACAACUUUGAUGUGAACCAGAACAACAAAUUAUUGUACCAAGAAAGAUUACUGCAGGAUGUUACUGGCAAAUACAGCAUUGAUGUGAAGGGCUCCACCUGUGUGUCAGUGCAGACAACACUUUUCUACAAUGUCCCCACACCUACUCACACCAGUACACUGAGCAUCGCGGCUACAACUGACGGAAACUGCACAAAAUCAUUCGGACAAACUCUGGCAAUCAAUUUCACUGUCACAUAUAAUGGGGCAUUAAACAGCACUAACAUGAUCAUAGUGGACAUAAAACUCUUAUCAGGGUUCACAGCAGAUCCUGGUGAACUGCGAAAUCUAAUUUUGGUGGAACGAGUUGAUUCCAAAGAUGACCAUAUUAUAAUUUAUAUAAAAGAGCUCCUAAGGAAUAUUCCUGUCAACUAUAAGUUACACAUUAAACAGAUGCUUCCUGUGAAGAAUCUCAAGCCAGCUGUGAUCAAAGUUUAUGAUUACUACCAAACAAGUGACCAGUCUGAGAUGGAGUACACAUCCCCAUGUGUGUAAGCUUCCAGAUCUUCAUUAAACACAGAAAAGCUUUGGAUAUCUUCUGCGUGCUGGUUUUAUCUUGUGCAUAAAACAUUUUUGUUGGUAUUGAAAUACAUAUGCAGUUCAGAUACAUGUUGCAUUACUCCUGUGUUAAAGGGGUUUUUGCCAUACAUAUCUUACAUGGCUCUUCAUUUAUAAAAGUCAAAAUCAGUUAAGAGCUUUUUAAUUAGCCAGCUGUCAAGUCUAAACCAGAAUCAGCAUCGCACUACAUCUCCCAGAACACCACAUGGCCUACAAACAUGGCUGCUACGAACUACAACACCCAGCACACAUGAACUUACAGUUUCCAUUAAAGCAAAUACAUUCCCAUUAUAACUAUUAAAACCAUUACAAAUUCUA